GCACAAUCAAAUUUCGAAAUUAAUUAUGAAUAAAUUUGAAAGUCUAUUUUCCGUUUCUAUAAUUAGGUGAAAAAGGGUUUUUUUAUUUUGCGUUACAUGCUAUCGCGAAGUCCUUGAAAAUUCACUAUUCAGGAACUGCUAUAAUAGUUUUUUCGUAUUUGCAUCGCAGACUAGCAAUUACUUUUACUGAGCCUGCUAACAAGAAAUACGUCAUUGUUGACGUCCUGAGCAAAAAACAACUGAUGGUAGCACACAAAGAUUGGAUCGUAGGAAAGGAACUGUGCGCUUUUCCGAACGAGCAUGUAGAUAUACAUCUUCAGAAGAGCGACCAACCGAAUGAAAAUUGGUCAUUUAUGAAAUGUAAAGUGAUUCACGAAUUAGAUUCUCUCCAGUCGGCAAAAGAUCUGUUAGUUGCCCUACAGAUACUGGAGUCUCAACGGAAAAACACCUCAACGGAUGAAAACACUUUGCCACUUAACACUGAAAAGCCAAAAAGAGGUGUAAUGAAGCGUAAAGAAGAUUUUCUUUACAAUUCAGUCGACAUGGAUGUGGCUGAGAUGCAGUCUAGGAAUGUCCCCGUACAAUAUCCAAAAUUCCGUGUUUUCGAAAAAUUCAUAUCGCCAAUUCGACACAAUUAGAGACAUCACCUUCGACAUCGGAAUGUAAGCAUGUUGGCGGCGCUAUAGUGGACAACAGUGAAAGGUUGUAUACACUGG